AUGCAGUCGAUUCUUCAGUACCGACGCUUCGGCCUGGCCGCGCAAGCCCAGAUCCAGCGUGAUCUGGAGAAGGCGAAUACCAUCACCCUCCGCCCUCAACCUGAGCAGUCCCGUGCUCCGUCGGUGCAGUCCGAAAAGGAACGAGGAGAUCUGGCUGGAAAGGAGGAAGAGGAGAAGGCGGACGAGGAGGAAAAAGAGGACACUUUCACACCUGGUCGUUCUACCGACUCUGUUUCCAUCUCGUCCAGUAACUCAUCCACGUCUCAGGAGAUUGAGCCCGUCGCCGUCGACCGCGUCCAUACCGCUGCCACUGUUCGAACCCAGUACACCGCCAGAGCCGCCCUCGGCCACUCCCUGACUGGCAUCGAAGCUCGCGACCGCCGAACCCAUGAAGGCAAAGGAGAGCAGGUUUUCGUUGUUGGUUGGGAGGGAGAUUCUGACCCCCUCAACCCUCGAAACUGGAGCACUCCCAAGCGUGUUGGCGUUACUCUUCAAAUUGCAGCCGUUGCCUUCGCCGUUUGCGCCGCUUCAUCCAUCGACGCCGCCAUCCUGCCUCAGGGCGCAGCCGAGUUCGGAGUCAGCGAAGUUGCGGAAACUCUGGCGACUGGAAUGUUCCUCAUUGGCUUCGGUUGCGGUUCUCUCGUAGCAGGCCCUUUCUCAGAGACUUUCGGACGGAACAUCGUCUACAUGGGAUCCCUCGCCGUCUACAGCAUCUGGAUCAUGGCAGCCGGCCUCGCCCCCAAUUUCGGCGCUCAGAUUGUCUUCCGGUUCCUGGCGGGCUGCUCCGCUUCAACCCCAUUGACUUGCGCCGGUGGGUCCGUGUCGGAUAUGUAUAAUGGCAUUGAGAAGACGUGGGGCUUCCCCCUCUUUGCAGUUGCUGCAUUCGGCGGACCGGUCCUGGGCCCUGUCAUUGGAGCCUACAUCGGACCAUCGCCCUUGAUCAGCUGGCGGUGGUCUGAAUGGAUCAUGCUGAUCACUUCGGGACUCGUGCUUACCAUGCUCUUCUUCUGCAUGCCUGAGACCUUUGCUCCAGUCCUAUUGCAAUGGAAGGCUCAACACCUCCGGAAGAUUACGGGAGACCACCGCUUCCAAGCCGAGCACGAAAUCGUGGAAGCAACCCUGUUUACCCGCUUGAAAAUUGCGAUGACCAGGCCAUUCCUGAUGGUCACGGAGCCCAUUAUCAUACUGAUGACGCUCUACCUGUCUGUUAUCUACAUCGUUCUUUUCACUUUCCUGGACGGCUACGCCUAUAUCUUCCAGAAGACCUACGGCAUCUCGCAGGGGCUGACUAACAUCAUCUUCGUCGCAAUGUUCAUCGGCAUCGUCAUGGUUGUCCUCCUCGUCCCCGUCGUCUAUCGCAUCACCGUCAAAGACCUCAAGCGCGCCAACGCCAAAGGCGCCGCUAUGUUCAACCCGGAAACCCGUCUGUGGUACGCCAUGCUCGGCGCCGCCCCCGCCAUCCCCAUCGCCCUCUUCUGGCAAGGCUGGACCGCGAGGGCCUCGAUCAGCAUCUGGUCUCCCAUCAUCUCCACCGCCCUCUUCGGUUACGGCAUCAUCGGCAUCUUCCUCUCCGCCUACAUGUAUAUCAUCGACUCCUACGAGAUGUACGCCGCCUCUGCCCUCACCUUCGUGACGCUCGUGCGCUACUUCGCCGCCGGAGGAAUGACCGUCGUCGGCAUUCCCUUCUACGAGAACAUGGGGGUGCCCUAUACUUUGACCAUCCUUGCCUGCAUCGCAGCGCUGAUGACGCCUAUUCCGUACGCCCUGUACAAGUGGGGUCACCUUGUCCGGCAGCACAGCAAGUAUGCUGUUACACGAGAGGUGUAA